AAUCAUUAAUUGAGGGAAUAAGAAAUGUUACCCUUUCAAUUAAUUCUUUUUUUCCCUUUAAUAUUAGCUGUUAGUCCGGAGUUUCGUGAUCGAUAUGAUUACGUGAUUGUGGGAAGUGGAUCUGCGGGAUCCGUUGUUGCAAACAGAUUAUCUAAAGAUGAAAACAUAAAAGUUCUACUCUUAGAAGCUGGAGAACUUCCUAAUCUCAUUUCGGAAACGACAUCUUUCUCCAUACACCUGCAAAAAACGAAAUACGAUUGGAAAUACACAACAACCAGACAAAAAAAUUCUUGUCGGGGAUAUAAUCAACAACGGAGUAACUGGCCAAGAGGAAAGGUACUGGGAGGAAGCAGCGUUCUCAAUUCUAUGGUUUACGUGAGGGGUAAUAAGAGAGAUUACGAUCAAUGGGCUGAAGACGGAGCGUCAGGAUGGAGUUUCGAUGAUGUCUUGCCUUAUUUUAAAAAAUCGGAGGACAAUAGAGUCCCAGAAACUACCGAAAAAGAUUAUCAUGGAACAGGAGGGGAAUUAACAGUCGAUAAGCCAGCGUACAAAAACCCUAUAAAUAAGGCCAUGUUGGAAGCUGGAAAAGAACUCGGUUAUCCCAUUGGAGAUUACAAUGGAGCAUCUCAAAAAGUAUUUUCCGAAGUUCAAGCAACAAUAAGAGAUGGAAGACGAUGCAGUACAAAGAAGGCAUUUUUAGAUCCUAUAGUUGGAAGAAGAAAUUUAGACAUUCGUACUUCUGCAUUCGUAACAAAAAUCAACUUUGACAAUAAUAAACGUGCAAUUGGUGUGACAUUCGAUUACCAUGGCAAAACUAUAACCGUUUCAGUUCGUAGAGAAGUAAUAUUGUCUGCAGGAGCCAUAAAUUCUCCUCAGUUAUUGAUGUUGUCAGGUAUUGGACCAAAGGAAGAACUAGAAAAUCUUCGGAUUCCUGUCGUUUCCGAUCUUCCUGUAGGAAAAAACCUCCAGGAUCAUGUGUUCACCUUAGCCAUGAUCGCUACCGUAGAAUCACCGGAAACUCUUUUAAAAUCAAGAAUACAAGUGGACGAUGUUUUAUCAUAUUUAAAAGAAAACAAAGGAAUAUUAAGUACUUUAGCAGGAUACGAUAUUGUUGGCUUUGUGAAUACAAAAUAUAAUAAAAUAGAAGAUUGGCCAGAUAUAGAAUUGGUAUUAGGAAUAAUCUCUUUAGCUUCCGAUGGAGGAACUACUUUUAAAAAUGCUGUUGGUUUAUCAGAUCAGGUACUGAAAGAAUACAUUCUCCCUUACGUUAAUAAUCAUACAAUCACGUGUUCACCUCUUCUACAAAGACCUAAAAGCAAAGGAGAAGUUCGAUUAAAUUCGGCAAAUCCUUACGAUCAUCCCAUUAUUGAUCCCAAUUACUUUUCUCAUCCCGAUGAUCUUAAAGUUUUGGUCGAAGGCACAAAAAUUUGUCUGGAUCUCUUUUCAACUGGCGCAAUGAAAAAAAUCGGUAGCAAAGCGAUAGAUGCCAUAAUUCCAGGCUGUGAAAAACAUAAGCAGUUUUCCGAUGAAUAUUUGGCAUGUGUUAGCCAGACUAUCACCCAAACAUCGUAUCAUCCUGUCGGCACUUGUAAAAUGGGAAACGUCGGCGACAAAAGUACUGUAGUCGAUCCUCGUCUAAGGUAACUUUUAUUAAAUAAU